AUGUCAACAUCGAUAAAUCAAAAUGACAUGGAUCAUCCAAGUAUAGAAGAAGAAGAAGAAGAAGGAAAAGGAGAAGAACAACAUAACAACAAUAAUGAUAAUAUAGAUAGCGAACAAAUAUCAUCUAGGAAUAAUAAUAAUAAUAAUAAUAGUGGUGGUGGUGUGAGAUUAAGAUCAAAUGCUACUACACCUACAAAUAAUAAUAAUAAUACUAAUGAUGAUGAUGAUACUCCUAACACGACAACUACUAGUACUACUACGACAAGCACAAAUACAACCUCUACUUUUACUUCUUCAACAACACCAAAAAAUGAAUCACCUACAACAACAACAUCAACAACAUCAAACAAUAAUGAAAACGAUAAUAAUAAUAAUGAUGAAGGUAGCGAUAUGUUUGAAUGUAAUAUAUGCUUUGAUACUGUAAAUGAACCUAUAGUUACUCAAUGUGGUCAUUUAUUUUGUUGGUCAUGUAUAUUUCAAUGGUUACAACAUAAUGCAAGUCAACAAUGCCCAGUUUGUAAAGCACCAAUAUCAGAGGAAAAAUUAAUCCCAAUCUAUGGAAGAGGUAAUUCCUCUGAUCCAAGAAAAAAGAGACCUAGUUCAAUACCAUCUCGACCACCUGGACGACCAGAAACAGAACGGUCUACCAGGGCAGGUGGAAAUAAUUUCGACUUUUUUGGAGGCAUUGGAAAUCAAUGGAAUGGUCAAGCUGGAGGUGGAGGAGGUGUAUCAUUCUCUGCUGGAUUUGGUCUAUUUCCAGGUUUAUUUGGAUUACAUUUUUAUCAAACUAAUAAUCAACAACAAGGACAACAAGGACAAGGACAACAAGGAAAUGGAAAUGGGAAUGGUGGACCAUCAGAAUUUGAAUCUAUAUUCCUAAUUAGAAGAAACAAAAGAAAAAGGAAGAAAUCUUAA